AGUCCAUGAUGUUGCAGUAUCCACACAUGAACCUGUGAGGGGCAGCACUGCGAACACAAGACCUGGGAAAUGGCGGCUGGAAGUGCAGGUGUUAGCGGCCACAAUAGUGGCUCAUCGCCGCGCUUGGAGUCGACUUUGGACCGUCGUUUUCAGACUAUAUCUAACACCAUGGAAUCCAUUCAGGGACUAUCCGUCUGGUGCAUCGAGAACAAGAAAUAUCACAGCGUGGUCGUGCGAUACUGGAUAAAGUGGCUGCGCAAAUCGGAUGCGCCACAUAGGCUUAAUCUCUUCUACCUGGCGAACGAUGUCAUUCAGAACUGUAAAAGGAAAAAUGCCAUAGUCUACCGCACCACCUUUACUGAUGUGCUGCCAGAAGCUAUGAAGCUCAUCAGUGCCACAAAGGAUUCUAAGGUGAACAAGGCAGUGGUGAGGAUACUGUCCAUUUGGGAAGAGAGAAGUGUCUAUUCCGAGGAGUUCAUCAGUCAGCUGAGGAACAGUUUGGUUCAGAAAGAAGAGCCAGUGAAAGUUUCGGCUCCAGUCAACUCCAAAUCUGCCCUGAAAUCCAAGAUUGUUGCUGAGUUUGUGCCCUCAGCAUUUAUUGAGCAUCUGUCCAAGUACAGGAAGUCCAUGGACGACAUUGAGCUCAAAGAGAAACAGUUAGCUGCAAUGAGAGUGGAUGUGUGCAGCACAGAAGCUCUGAAGAAACUGAAAGACAAGGCAGGGGGUAAAAGGUUUUCUAAAGACUUUGAAGAUGGGAGUACAAAGCUUCAGGAGUUUGUUUCCUUUCUGGAUGGAGAGGUCAAAAAAGGUCCUCCAUUGAUAGAAGCUCUGGAGAAUGCAGAUAUAUUUUAUGAGAUGCAAUAUAAAGAGGUCAAGAUUGUGGCUAAAGCCUACGAGACCUUUGCAAACCGGGUGUCGCACCUUAAGCGCAAACUCGAUGCACUGAAGAAUAUGUUGCCUGAUCCAGAUGACUCCCCCAUUCCCUCCCCGAUUGAAGAUGCUCCCUCACCCACGGGCUCUGAGUCACCCUUCCAUGCUCUGGAAAGGAUUGGUUCCCCAGACCCAGAGCUGGACGGGCAGGCAAUGGAAGAGGACCUCAUUGCUUUGGCUGAUGCUCCCAGCCCUCUCUCAUCUGUCGGGGGUUCCUCACCACCAAGUGCCCCUUUGGGAGACAAAGACAAUCGUGACGUAGAGGACAUGGACCUCUCGGAUGUAGAGGAGACGGAAACACCUACCAUCAUAGUUGAGGAACAUGUGGCCUCUGCUGUUGUGUCCAAACAGUCCACUGUCACUCCAAAUGUCAUAGAAUCCUUACCAACAAAUGAAGGCACACAAACAAAGCAGGUUGCAACCCCAGCAGUGACUGUUCCCUCAGCAGAAACCACAACCACCACCACACCAACCCCACCAUCACUGUCAGUGAACCUUGCUGGUGUUGACCUAGGCAAGAUCAGCUCCAUCCUCAGCACAAUCACAAAUGUUAUGAAGAACUCAGCUGUAGGAGUUAGUCCUGUAUCUCGGUCUUCCCCAAGUGUACCUUCAACUCCAAACUCAACUCAAAAGACUCCCACUCCCACUACUGCCCCUCCAGCCAACCCACUGGCCAGCAUCCUUUCUAGGGUGGACAUCAACACCAACACACUGCUCAGUGCUCUAUCCAAAACACAAACCCAAGGGGGUUUUCAGGGUCUGUCCUCUUUGCUAAACAACCCGGCUGCAAAGACCACCACAACUUCAAAUUCUGAAAAGCAAUUCUUAACCACGCCUAUUACAGCAGAGACUCAUUCAUCUCCUAAAGUCUUAUCUACUCCAUCUAGUCUCCCACUGGCUAGGGAUCCCACCUCUCAAGGAUGUGUGGCUCCUACGCCUAUGCAGUCCAAUAUGGCGAAUGAGAAUAUGUCUUCUCUCAACUUUACCUUGGACUCCAAGAUUGAUGACUUCCUCCAAGGACCCCCAGGACUGAAAGGCUUUAAUUUGGGCUUUCCAUCUGUUCUGACAUGGACUAAAGGAGCUGUUGAUAGCCCAUCAGCGAGUGCAGAAAACCUGGGUGGAACCCCUGUAAGGGAUGAAGGUGGUUCUACCCCAACGCAAGAUGAAAUUAUGGAUGUUCCUCAAUCGGAGCUGUUCCCGUAUCAGCAGAGGCAAACAGUGUCUAUUUCUACAGCUUUGGAUGCUAAGUCAAUGCGUCCACUUCCAUCUUGGCAGGAACAAAAUGCUCAGGUGGAUCCACAAGCUCAUAUGGACAUGCACCAGAAGAUUGCACCAAAAAAAGAAUCUGUUCCCUCUCUUGCUGAGGCAGAAGUUAUGCGGCAUCAACGCAUUGAAGCAAUGCGUUCCUCUUCCAGCAACCAGCAACCUUUAAGAGACAGUGUAGAAGCCAAAGACAGAUCCGAUGUGAUGUUUCAAAACCUGAGACAAAACCCCUUAAUUCGUGAUGUGGGACCAAAUUCUAAAAUGGUUGAAGGUAGCUAUGCAUAUCGAGAUGAUCAUGAGAAGCAAGUAUUGGCCAGCUCUGAUGCAUUCGGUGCCGAGCCGUACCUUGCCAAAGAACCAAGACAGGAUCUUUCUGCACCUAACUUCUUCACAACACCUCUGCCACCAAUCCCAAAUCUUCCUCCUCCACCACCACAAGACUUCAUGCAUCCAGCAUCUUCGAGAGCAAGCGGUCCCCAUCCCACCAGAGAUUUGCAGGAACCUUUCGGGGAAGCAGAAAGAGGUGGUGUUGAUGGAUCAUAUGCCCCAGCAAACUCUGAUUAUGAAAACUUGUCUCAUGAGGUUCCAAACACGAAUCCUUUCCAUCCACACGGGGAUGGGACCUCUCACUCUGCUCAUGCACCGCACCUUGCUCCUAAAAUCCCACCGAAUGGUCAAGUGGACUACAACCACCGACAUCCACCAAGAAUACCUCUGCAGCACCCUCCAAGUGUACCCCAUCACCACAUUGGGUCUCCUCCUUCAGUAAGGGGUUACCAUGAAGCCUCAAGUCCUCCUCGACCUUUACCUGAAGAUCAAUACUUUGACCCAUACUACGAACAACCACCACGUAGCCCUUCUCCCCCACAUUACGACAUGCAUCCGAUUUCACCUCAUGCACAAGGGCAUUAUCCUGAAGAAAUCCCACCUCACUACCCAGAGCACAGGGUUCCUCCUCACUUGGAGCACAGGCACCCACCACCACACCAUGUUCGUCCACCUCACCCUGGGCACUAUCCAGCUCCUAGGCCCCUUCGUAGGCCACCACCGGUCCGUCAUGAGCCGCCCUUUCCAAGGGGCAAGCGACCUGGCCCACCGUUUGGUGGACCUCCCAGAUUCAGGGGCCCCUUUUAUCCCCCUAAAAGACCCUUCUUGCCUCCGCAUUACUAAAGUUGCUCAGGUGUUAAGUGCAUGUCACAGUGAGGAGGUGCAGGUGCAGUUGGGUUAUCAGCAAGACAAAGAUUGCUGUGUACAAUGACACGAAGAGGAUGGUGUUGAACACCUUUGCAAGAUCACAAUAGAGAAGUGCAAAUUUAUUUAAGUAAACGGGCAUGGAAUCAGAUUGCCAAAAACUCUUGAGCAAGAUCUGUUCUUCCACAACAAGAUGAAGUCAAGGAGCACUGGAGCAGAGAAAUGGAAAGAAUAUCUGGCAAGGAAUGCUUGGGGAAAGAGAUGGAAUCUGAAGGCAGACAAAACAAGAGGUGGUUAUUCUAUUUCAUUUCAUUAAUUCUUCUUUAAUUUCUAUAGUUUUUGUGUCUAGUUCUAUGAAAAAUCUAAUUGAAAGGGUAAUGUUCUUUCCCUUAGUUGGAAUUUGUGUGCAUGUAUCUCACGCAUAUGUUUGGGAAAGAACUCAAUGGAUUUUUGGAUCAACAUUUAACUCAAGUUGACAUGUAAUAUUUUUUUUUACUUUCAAGGUUAAGUUCUGCUGAUGAUCAAGCUAUAUUGUUAUGCAAAGCUGGUAGUUUUGAUCUUAUUUUGUACAUGUAAUUAAAUGUAACCUAACAGGUAGUUAAACUUCAUUAUCGUCUUUAAUGGACAAACAGCAAUGUAGAGAAAAAGUAAUCUUUACAGUUUUGAGGUAAGGUCCUGAGGUGUACAGAAACGAGCCGUUUUUGCCAACAGUGGCAGAAGAUGCAGAAGAAACGAAGUUGUCGGGCAGAAUCAUCAUGGCCUCCCUCAGUUCCCUGAGGCUUUUACUGUACUAACAUAAAUAAAGAUGUGUUUGGAAAAAAACCACUGUGCCGGAGUGCAGUCUCGACCAUGAUGUCUUUUGAGUCUUUUCAUCCAAGUUGCUUCAGUGAUUGUUUUAUUUGUUUUUUGUUUCGCGAACACCUUUCAUUCAUCAAUAAAAUACGAUCAACAUUAUACGCAGAGGUUUUAUUGUAGCUAAAUGGCUGGAACUCAUGUCGACUAUUUAUGACUGAGAUUUGUCCUGCACUAUGUUCUAAAACCAAAACCAGAGGCUUUUAACCACAUUUAAUGUAAUUCUCAAUUAGUUAAGUGUUUGAAUGGGUAAAUAUAGGCCAUUUGUAUUAUAAAAACUGUAAAACCGUGUAACUAAACUAUACAAAGCAUAGCAUGAGUUAUUAGAAGUGUAUACAGUCAAUUCAAGUGAAAAUUUCACAACAGUGCGUUCUGAUCGAUCCAUUCCAGCUCCACUUCGGUUUUCUCUUUCCAUUGAUCCUGGACUUCUCUUACAUACGUCUGGUUUGCGACGAAUAUUUGCUUCGUAAUUACCCAUGUUCAUCUCACUUUAGGCUAAUAUUUGCAAAAUUUUACUCUUCAGUUUAUAUGGUUUAGAUGGUUAGAUUAAGAUGCAAGUUUUUUGUCAGAUCAAAUAAGGACUUUAUCAAGAGAUGACUGGUCACUUCAGUUGUGUGGUUGCAUCUUUCUCUGAAAUAAAUGUAGCAUAAAAGACAAGGAAGUAAAAUGAAGAAAUUAAGGUCCAACUUGGUUCCACUUAAUUUCAUGUCACUCAUUCUCGAGAAUCAGCCGUGGCUGAUUACAUUAGGCACAGGUGGAUGUUUAUGGAGUCAACUCCUUGAAUCAGAAUAGAGUAACAUCUCACUUUAACAACAUUUAUAAUAGUGUAAAGUAAAAAGAGAAAUCCUUCAGCCUUCAAAUCGGUUGCAUUUAGAUGUCUGUUAGUUAAUGGGCAGGAUUUUCAAACGGUAUCAAAAAAUAAAACGGAAAAAAACAAAAGAGCACAAAAGAAAAUCAUUACGGGACAUUUUGAAACGUUUUUUUCCUCCGUAUAUAGAUCUUUCGUGUUUCAAUAUCCUUAAAGAGUAAAGCAAAGGCUUCAGUUAGAUAUCUAAUUCACUGUAAAACAUGAAAUACAGAAAAGCUAGCUAAAAAACAAAUCAAUGUUGCUUGAUAAACUAAGUUGUCUUAUGUCAUAAAUAUGUAUUGCUUAUAAUAUUAAACUGAUUAAAAGCAUUAAAUUAGCAUUAAAUUGCAAAAAUGAAAUUUUCACAUCCUCAUUCAAUCUAGCCCAUGCAUUUUCCUGUUCGUUUCAGAGAAAAUGUCAUUUUCCUAAGAAAAUAGUGUUCUCAAGUUAAGAAAACAAUUGAUGUUUAGCCAACUUUAAAGGUAUAGUUCGCCCAAAAAUGAAAAUUUUUCCAUCAUUUACUCUCAUGUUGUUCCAAACAUAUAUGAGUUUUCUUCUUAUGUUAAACAUUAAAGACGAUAUUUAG